CGGGCGGGCACAGUGUAGGGUUACAGUCCAUUUAUGGGCGCAGCAGAGGGCAGAUAUCAGUGUCGAUGGCAUUUGUUCCCAGCUAUUCUUAGGAGCCUCUCAGAAGCGCCACACAGCCCAGCCAACAGCCAGGGACAGAGCAGAGGCUGCCGCUGUCCGCACCAGCAUGUCUUACAGCGUGACCCUGGCGGGGCCUGGGCCCUGGGGCUUCCGUCUGCAAGGGGGCAAGGACUUCAACAUGCCGCUCACCAUCUCCCGGAUCACACCAGGCAGCAAGGCGGCACAGUCCCAGCUCAGCCAGGGGGACCUCGUGGUAGCCAUCGACGGCGUGAACACAGACACCAUGACCCACCUGGAGGCCCAGAACAAGAUCAAGUCCGCCAGCUACAACCUGAGCCUCACCCUGCAGAAGUCGAAGCGACCCAUUCCCAUCUCCACGGCAGCGCCCCCGAUCCAGUCUCCUCUGCCAGUGAUCCCCCACCAGAAGGUGAUAGCCAACUCUCCAGCCAAUGCGGACUACCAGGAGCGCUUCAACCCCAAUGCCCUGAAGGACUCGGCCCUGUCCACCCACAAGCCCAUCGAGGUGAAGGGGCUGGGCGGCAAGGCCACCAUCAUCCACGCACAGUACAACACGCCCAUCAGCAUGUACUCCCAGGACGCCAUCAUGGACGCCAUUGCUGGGCAGGCCCAGGCCCAGGGCAGUGACUUCAGUGGGAGCCUUCCCGUUAAAGACCUCGCUGUGGACAGCGCCUCUCCCGUGUACCAGGCUGUGAUUAAGAACCAGAACAAGCCGGAAGAUGAGGCUGAUGAGUGGGCCCGCCGCUCCUCCAACCUUCAGUCUCGUUCCUUCCGCAUCCUGGCCCAGAUGACAGGAACUGAGUACAUGCAAGACCCUGAUGAAGAAGCUUUGCGAAGGUCAAGCACCCCUAUUGAGCAUGCUCCAGUGUGCACCAGCCAGGCCACCACACCGCUGCUGCCCGCUUCUGCCCAGCCGCCUAUUGCUGCCUCUCCCAGCGCAGCCUCGCCACCCCUGGCUGCAACCGCUGCCCAUGCUGCCGCUGCCUCUGCCUCGGCCCCUGCUUCAAGCCCUGCGGACAGUCCCAGGCCCCAGGCUUCUGCUCACGGUGCGGCCCCGGCGACCGCUCCAGCACCUGCUGCCCAUCCGUACACGGAAGCCCCAGCAGCUGCUGCGCCCAGGCCUCGGGUUGUCACCACUGCCAGCAUUCGGCCUUCUGUCUACCAGCCAGUGCCUGCAAAUACCUACAGCCCUUCUCCGGGGGCCAAUUACAGCCCAACCCCCUAUACCCCCUCGCCUGCCCCCGCCUACACCCCCUCCCCUGCCCCUGCCAAUACCCCCUCGCCUGCCCCCACCUACUCCCCCUCCCCAGCACCAGCCUACACCCCCUCGCCUGCCCCGAGCUAUGAGCCUGCACCCUCAGUGGCCCACAGCAGGGGUCCUGCUGAAUCUGCCAGCCGCCCCCCUUGGGCCACAGACGACAGCUUCUCUCAGAAGUUUGCUCCUGGCAAGAGCACCACUUCUAUCAGCAAGCAGCCCCUGCCUGGAGGGACCUCUGCCUACACCCCAGGUUCCCAGGUGUCCCCCCUCGCCAGGGGCACCUUCCAGAGGGCUGAGCGCUUCCCAGCCAGCAGCCGGACUCCGCUCUGUGGCCACUGCAACAACGUCAUCAGGGGCCCCUUCCUGGUAGCCAUGGGCCGCUCCUGGCACCCAGAGGAGUUCAACUGCGCCUACUGCAAGUCCUCCCUGGCCGACGUGUGCUUCGUGGAGGAGCAGGGCGCCGUGUACUGCGAGCGGUGUUACGAGCAGUUCUUUGCCCCGAUCUGUGCCAAGUGCAACACCAAGAUCAUGGGGGAGGUGAUGCACGCCCUGAGGCAGACGUGGCACACCAGCUGCUUCAUCUGCGCAGCCUGCAAGAAGCCCUUCGGGAACAGCCUCUUCCACAUGGAAGACGGGGAGCCCUACUGUGAGAAAGACUACAUCACUCUGUUCAGCACCAAGUGCCACGGCUGCGAUUUCCCUGUGGAGGCUGGUGACAAGUUCAUCGAAGCCCUGGGUCACACCUGGCACGACACCUGCUUCAUUUGUGCAGUCUGCCAUGUGAAUCUGGAGGGGCAGCCGUUCUACUCCAAGAAGGACAAACCCCUGUGCAAGAAGCACGCGCACGCCAUCAACGUGUAGGAGCCCGGGCGGGGCAGGCGGGCCGCCGCCGCUGCUGCUGGAGGAACGGAGACCCUGACGGAUGGAGAGGGAAGCACCGAGCGCUCCUGAGUGUAACUUAGUCCUUCUCUGCACAGAUUGUGCAUUUGCCUAGUUCAGACUAGAAGCCAAAUGGAGGUUCCUAAGCCAAAGUAGUAAUUAACCCCAGACUGGACUUGCACCUCGGACGUUUAGGACCGCAUCCUGGGAACUCAAAAGUGAAAAACAAAAAGUAACUUUAACUUUCCCCAGCGAUGCACGGCCCGGGCCACCAGCGCCAGGCGAGCGGGCGGAGGAGGCUCCAAGGCCGGGCUCCGGGCUCCGGGCUCCGGGCUCCGGGCUCCGGGCUGGCAGCGCCACGUGCCGACGGGGCGGGUGUCCUCACGGGGCGGGGGUCCGCGGAGCCCAGGGGGCGCGGGGAGGCCUCCCUGCGGGGAGGAGGCGGCGUCCUGGCUGGUGCGGCUCGGACCUCAGGCCUCAGACCUCAGACCUGGAAGGAGCGCGGUCAGGGAGCCCCGCCUCGCAGGGCCAGGUCCUCCCUCCCCGCUCCCCCAGACCCCCUCCCCCCUCGCCCCCACCCUCCCAGCCAGAGGCGGUUCUGCAGCUCCGCUCUCAGUCGGAGGCCGCGACGUCCCAGACGCUUAGCUCCUUUACAAGUCGCGACGGGAAAGUGACCGGGUUUUCCCGGCUUCGCUUUACCGCGCGGGAGAGACUGAAAGCCGCCCGGUUCGGUCUGGCCUUGUGUGUGUGAGGCUGGGGCCCGCCGCCCCGCCCCCGGCGGCCCCGAAGCCCCGCCCCCGGCGGCCCCGAAGCCCCGCCCCCGGCGGCCCCGAAGCCCCGCCCCCGGCGGCCCCGAAGCCCGGCGGCCCGCCAGCGGGAAGGAGAGGGGCGGCGAUGGAACUGGGUGGCGGGUGGGCGGGGGCUGCCCACACUCGGGGCGGCGGGAGGCCCCCUCUGCCAGCGUCAGUCGGAAGGCAGGCCUCCCACCAGCACCGGCCCGCGCGCGGGUGCUGGAAGGAAGAGGGACUGACACUCAUCAUGGCCACUGGGGCUCAGGUUUUGAAAAUGUUUGAGCUGGGUUGAUCAAGCAAUUGUUUAUAAAUAUUUAUUAAAAUAGACUUGGGCCUUUAAACUUCUUUAAAAUAGCAGUACUAGCUAGCGUUGAGCAGGCAUCUGGGAGCUUGUGCUGAGUUGGAACCGGCGCCUGGUCUCCCCUCUGGGCAGCGACACGCGCGGUUGGAGUGGAGGCUUCUCUCAUGUGCAGGACGCUUAGCGCUCCCCCCCCCACCCCUGCCCGUGUGGGCCUCUCUGCACACUCGAAACCUUUCAUACGAGUGCGUUACACUUCUGAGCACAGCUUCCAGGGACUUUCUACCGAAUAUGUCCCUUCUCCCAAGAGAGGGAAGCAGCUAGGUGUGUCCCUCGCAGGAAGCCCAUGUCUCAUUCCCAGGGUAACCCCCAGCCCCCAGGGAGCAUCAGGGGGUGCAUGAGUGAGCUCCCACCAGGCCCUGUUCAGCGAGGGGCUGCGAGAGAGCCAGGCGCAGGAGAGCCUGCAGGUUCUGCAGGUUCUGCAGGAGCUGCAAAGUGCCUUGGACAUUCUGUUAUUUUUGGAAAGUUCAAAGGCACAGGGACAAGGAGGUUGCAGACUGUACAGAAAGGCUCUAGGCAGCUUUCUCUAAAACAAAACAAAGCAAAAUAAAACAAAACUAUUACAUUAUCAGGGCCUGGUCAUGAGGGAAGGAAAAAGUUCCUAGAAUUGUUCUCAAAAAUAUCUUUUAAAAUGGUACACACACACACACACACCGCACAGGUGAUGAUCAAAAAGUGUGUGAUCACUGAAAAGUGAAAUAUCUCAAAGGAGAACGUCAUAGUCCUUUAUUGGAUCGGUGUUUCUACAGCUCAGAGCUAGUGGAGAUUCUGAGGAACUCUUAUUUAUCAGAGCCCAAAACAAAAUGUUUUUUAGGGCAGCAGGGAAAGGAGUAGCUUUGAACAGGGUUUCUUCGUGUUUGUAAGUUUGUAUCGCCUCAGUGUGAAGGCCGUAUCUAUUUCAGCUUAACAUCAUGGAUGGCCUACAACACCAAACACAAUUUUUAAUAGUUCAUGGUGUAGAGUACACUUUGGAUCUGCAGUUUCUGUCCCCGUAUUGUUCACAUUUAUUUAACAUUUAUAAACAUUGACUCUUUGCAACAGAGUGACUUGGGCUUGCAGUGUUGGGGUUAGGAACCUAGCUUUUCUAAUGUUAACUUUUCAACACAGAUACUUUUGCUUUGGGAUUUCUUUUUUAAUUUUAAGAUUUCAGAAGUGGAAUGUAGUGUGUUAGAAGUGUGCACAAAACUAUUUGGCAUGGUUUUUGUUUUGAUUUUUCUUGCCAUGUGAAUUCUACUUUUUAGCAAAAUAAAACUCCCAAAAGACCACAAAAACA